AUGACGCUCCCUCGGCUCCCUCGCCAUGCGGCAUACGUACACCUCUCCAACCCUCGCCGGCGCAAUGCCCUCUCGCUCCAGGUGCUGCGCUCUCUGCGGGACCAGCUGAUUGCGCACAACACGUCCCCCGCCACGGGUCAACGUCUGUUCCUUCCGCCCUUCAAACCCGCCAUGCUCACCCAGCUCGAACAAGCAUGCAAUUCCAAACCCACACAAGACACCAGCUACGCCUGGCUCGUGUCUGCCCGGGCCUGGGCACGAGACCGCGCCGGCCUGCCCAACAUGCUCGUGCUCGCCUCCCCCAACGACUCUCCCGAGCGCGCUCCCGUCUUCAGCUCAGGCCACGAUCUCUCCGAGCUGCGCGCCCUCAGUCCCUCCGACGUGCGCGACACCUUCCGCCUCUGCGCAGAAGUCAUGUCGCUGAUCCGCCGCAGCCCGGCGCUCGUCGUCGGCCGCAUCCACGGCUUGGCCACGGCCGCCGGCUGCCAGCUGGCCCUGUCGACGGACCUGCCCGUCGCCCACGCUGCCGCCACCCAUUUUCAGCUCCCCGGCGCCGCGCUUGGCCUGCCCUGCUCGAGCCCCGCCACCGCCGUCAGCCGGCGCCUCGGCAACGGCCGCGCCUUCCGCAUGCUCGCCAUGGCCGAGCCGGUCCCCGCCGCCGACCUCGCCGGCGCCGGCGUCUGCCUCGUCUCGGGCGCCGCAGACGGCGACCACGCGGCCCAGCGCGACGCCCUCGACGCCGAGGUCCUCCGCACCGUCGAGCGCCUGGCCCAAAUGCCCGCCCAGCAGAACGCCAUGGGCAAGUGGGCGUUCUGGACCCAGGCCGGCCUGCACGGCCAGCACUGUGAUCUCCGCGACGGCGGCGCUACGGAGGACCCCCGCCGAGGCAGCGGAGCCGACGGCUACGAAGACGCCGUCGACUGGGCCGGCCGCGUCAUGGCCCUCCACGCCCGCAGUGAGGACGCGCGCGAGGGCUUCGACGCCUUUGCGCACAAGCGGAAGCCCGUCUGGGUCUGUCUCGGUGGCGCGGCAGACCCUGGGCAAGACACCAGCGACUGA